AUGCCCCGGGCUCUGCUCUUCCUCCUCCUCCUCCUGCUGGGGGCCGUGCCCAUGGCGCUGGGUGCUGGCACCGGGCCCGCGGCGCUGCUGGCGGAGCUGGCGCAGCACAACCCCCCGCAGGCGCUGCCGGGCCGCGGGUUCCGGUGCCGGGACCUGCGCCCCGCAGCCCUGCCCGGCUUCCCCGCGCUGCCGCCGCGGCCGCGGGCGCUGGUCCGGGCCGCCAUGGCGCUGGCGCUCAGCGUCGCCGCCUGCAGCCCGCAAGCCGAGGCCGAGGUGCGGGGCUUGAUGCGGGAGCUCGGUCCCUCCGCGGCCGCCGCGCUGCUGCGGGGGCUGGCGCGGCUGCGGCGGGACCCGGCGCCCGAAGCCGUGUCCCUCGUCCUGCUCAGCUUGGUGCGGCCCUGCGCGGCCGGCACCCCCCCCACCGCGGACCCCGCAUCCGAGAGCAUCCCGGUGCCGCAGUGCCACGGUGCCGUGCGGCGGCAGCGAGAUGCUGACGAUGCCUGCGCCCCGCCGGGGGAGCAGGAGGCUCAUGGGGUGCUGGAGUGGGUGCCGGGCGUCAGCACCUUCUACAACCUGGGCACCAGCAUCUACUACGCCUUCCAGGGCUGCGAGGUCAUGGCUUCCACACGGGCGCUGGAGGUGGCCGAGGACCUGGGUUACGCCAGCCUGGCCGCGAUUGCCGCUGCCGCCGGUGGCCCCGUGGCGCUGGGGGUGCAAGUGGGGCUCCAGCCGGGGCUCAGGGCCGGUGUACGGGCGCUCAUCACAUACUUCACCUCGGACGGGGAGCCCCCGACGGCCCCCAGUGCCCACAGUGGCCCCGUGCUCAUCGUCUGAAUAAAGGACCCGUGCAG